GUUGUUGUGCUGUAUCAGGCCUAUUAGGCGUUUGUUAGAUCAAUCACGAGCCUCGAGGCCUGUAUCAGAGUAACCCUGUAUACGGCGCAUCGUGUUAAUAUUACCCUCUAUGAUCCUCCGAGUCGGCAAAAGGACACAAGGAGUUCGCCUUGAGGCACCACCUCUUCCAGUUAUACGUAACCUUCCCAGACCAUCCUAUAAAGCCAUCAUGGUGCUUGGGCCUCAUGCUAGUAAAGAAGUCCCUCAACCCGAGAUUCACGUCCUUGAAGCAAAAUGGGUUUCUUCUCCAGCGUGUCUAACUUUUUCUUCGAUACUGGGAUCAUGUCUUGGGAUGUGCUCCUUACACUCUCCAAUCUCGUGAGGAGGAAGCGCCGCAUCGGGCACGUCACGCCCGAGGGCCACCCAGGUUAUGGAGGGUACUGGCCCGAGUUCAAGCCUGCUCAGGAAGGUGACUCUCGUUGCUCAUGCCCAGCACUCAAUGCGAUGGCCAACCACGGCAUCCUCCCACGCAGCGGCCGCGACAUCUCAUUUGUCGAACUUAACCACCAGAUCCGGACAACUUACAACUUCGGUCCUUCCUUCUGCUCUUAUGUGCCUCAUUUCGCAGCUCGCAUGCUCAAGAAAAGCUACAGUAAUGAUACCUUUGACUUGGAAGAACUCGACCUGCACAACGGUAUCGAACAUGACGCAUCUCUUUUCCGUCUUGACACUGCCCUUGAACCAAACCAAUCGACGAGACACAUACCUUUCAUCGAGGAGUUACUUGCCGCACAUACCGGCAAGGACCAGUAUGGCAACGAGGUACUUACCACCAAAGAUCUCUCGAGCAUUCUCGGCAAGCGUCGCGCAGUAGCGCGUGCAACAAACACCGAGUUCUCGCUCAGCUUCUUCCACAAGGUCUUCGGUAGCGCCAAUUCGUCAACACUGCUCACAAUAUUUGGAGGCCGUGUAGAGGACCUGCGCAGCAUUGUUCUUCACGAGCGUAUUCCAGAAGGCUGGGAGUCGCGCGUUCGCGAACCCUAUGGACUGACUUUAACACACUUCAACAAGACCGUGCUGGCAGUUGAAUUCGGUGUGCGCGAGAAGGAUUGGGCGAAAGUAGCAGAGGAAGCAGCAGCACGUCAACGCACUGCUUCGGUUUAGGAUCUCCUAAAAGACGUUGGAUCGUGUCAUCAUUAUUCCCCACAUUUCUCCACUGACGACAUUACGUUGCGUUUAUGACUUGCUGCUAGCACAUGCUCCUGUAUAUUGGAUAAUGUAUGUUGACACCCUGGAUACUUCAAAUACCGAAUGCUGACGAUCGUUGCUAUGUGAUCCGCUC